AUUGACAUAAAUUAUAAUUGGGUUUACGUUAAAAUAUUUUUUGAUACGGCUUACAGUUGAGAGUAAACAGAACGUAUCGCGUGAAGUGAACCACAAAUGGAGUCUCGUGUUUCAAAUAAUGCAAGCUCAUGACUGAAGAAAGAAUUUUUUGGAGAGAAAAGUCAGUCGUAUCUUAACGUUACUCCGUGUAUAAGUAGAAGUAGUGGAAAGUUCCGUGAAGAAAUUACAAAUGAUAUCUGUAUUAUCAAGAUGGGAGUAUGAAGAUCUAGAAGAAACAAGAAUGGAUCGUGCCAAAGGUUUCUUGGCGGAUAACUGUCGAAAAGGAAAGCGUGGUAUUUGCGUAACUGUCGUCGUUCUUGGUAUUUUUAUAGGAUGCGCUCUUUUGGGUUAUACGGCAUUUGCUAGUACGAGUCAUAGAAAUGCUACUUUAGCACAGGUUACCAUUAUAUUUCGCCACGGUUAUCGAACACCUACGGAAACUUAUCCAAACGAUCCUUACCUGCAUUACAAAUGGCCAGAUGGUUGGGGAGCUUUGACCAAGAAAGGAAUGCUACAGAUGUACAAUUUGGGAAAAUGGAUACGCGACGUCUAUGGAUGGCUCAUUGGAAAGUCUUAUAACAGCUCUACCUCACACGUACAGAGUAGUUAUGCUGAUCGGUGUAUAAUGUCUGCCCAAGCAUUGCUGGCAGGACUUUUUCCUCCAGAUCCGGAGGAAACGUUUCUUCCCGGAUUACCAUGGCUUCCAGUUCCGGUUCACAGCACGCCUAGAGAAUUGGAUAAAACGAUUGUCGUUAAGGCACCUUGCCCACGAUUGGAUGAAGCUCUAAAGGAAGCGUACCAAAAUGAUACGAAGCAAACAGACCUACAAUCGUAUUACGCAGAAUUGUCGAAUUACACGGGAAAAAAGAUAUCUGACAUAACUGACGUAGAAUUCUUAUAUAAUACACUGGAAAUCGAGGAUUUAAAUAAGCUUACACUACCCGAGUGGACACAAAAAUUUUAUAACGAUAAAAUGAAGGAAAUCGCUGCUCGUAGUCUUGCAAUUUUUACAAGUAAUACGUUACAGCAACGUCUUCGAGGAGGACCAUUACUCAAGGAGAUUUUAGAGCACAUGAUGGAAACGCGUACCAAAGAUAAUUGGAGGAAAUUGUACUUAUAUUCAGCACAUGAUAUAACGUUAGUCAAUGUACUAAGAACAAUGGGAUUUACUAAUGAAUUAUUUAAACCCGAUUACGGAGCAGCUCUUAUUUUUGAGUUGCACUUAGUCAAUGGUGGACAAAGUCAUGAAGUGAAGGUAUUAUACUUAAACAGUACACAGACAAUGGAACCGCAUCGAAUGAGUAUUCCAGGAUGUGAAGAUCCGUGCUUACUUGACAAUUUAAUAAAGAUUUUGAAACCGGUAAUCCCUGUUGAUUGGGAUAAAGAGUGUAUCUUAUCCAAUUAGGUCAAACAUCUAUUAUCAGUCUUUGUAAACACAUCUUAAGAUAUAUAAAAAAUUAUAUAGAUAUGUAUAUAUAUAUAUAUAUAUAUAUAUAUAUUUAGCGACGCAGUCCAGUAUCCACUACAUCAUGGACGGUAUAUUUUUUCCAUAAUUAUUUAUUUAUACAUUUAUACAGUCAGAUUAUAUAUGUAUAUAUAUACGAGAAAUUGUAACUCAUAGAAAUUUCAAUCUAGAAAAAUAUUUUUAUACUAUUCUGUAUUGUGAUUAUUGAACAAAUAUACAUAUAUUUAUAAAUGUA